UCAGUUCAUUACAUGUACAUGAAAUAUUUUAGUUUUAAUUUAUUGUAGUAAAUGACGUUACAGAUAUUUUAAAAUUUUGAUUCACGUAAGCAAGUCAGAUUCAGAAUUUAAAGCACAAAUAAUAGUAUCAAUUUGGGGCUGAUUGUAUUUUUAGAACAUGCCUCCUUAUAUCGUCCUUGCGGGCUACCCUUCGCCCGCGGGUACCGCGUUGGUGACCCCUGCUAUUCACUCAUAAUAAUGAAUCAAAAUGUGUAUAUUUUUAAGAGUGGGAUAAAUCUUCUCUCCCCGUCAUUUGCCAAUAUAACAUGCUGACCUUCCCACUCAGGUCUACUUAAUACUUCAUAAAAGGUUCCUAAGAUACAAGAGAAAACAGAAUACAGUACAACCUUGGUUCUCGACCACAAUCCAUUCCAGAAGGCGGUUCAAUUACCGAUUUGUUCGAAAACCGAAUCGCUAUUUACCACGUCUGCGUACGGUGGCUGCGUUAUACACAAUAACAAUGUGCGUUGUGGGUCAGCUGGUCGGGUUGUGUGCGUUUUGUUAUUUCCGGGUGUUUUCGCGGUGCGUUCGAAUUUACAGUAACAAAGCGCGUCGUGGGUCAGCUGAUCGGCCCACGCGCGUUAUGUCAUUUCCGGGUUUUGUCGCAGGCGUUCAAAAACCGAUUUGCUUGAGAACGGAGAUGUUUGACAACCGAGUAUUCACUGUACUGUAAAAAACUGGCUAGUGAACAUUCAGAUGUACAGGUAUUUCUCGAUGAAUUAGCAUUCUGUCAAAACCACUUCAGUUUUGUACUUCUAUUAAAGAGCUUUAGACUUUUAUUAAGAUCCACUACAUAAAAUAACUGAAAAUCAUUUUUUGUAAUACUACACGUAUGAUUUUGAGGCAGCACGGUGUAUGACUGGUUAGCACAUCUGCCUCACAGUUCUGAGGAUUGGGGGUCAAACACCGGCCCCACCCGUGUGUUGUGUGCAUAUUUGUCCUUUGCCCGUGUAACAUUUUCACUUUGGUCCAACAUCCCAAACCCACACAUGGUACUUUUAUUGAAGACUCUAAAUUAAUUGCCGAUAGGUGUGAAUGUGAGUGCGAAUGGUUGGCAACCAGUUCAGAGUGUACCCGACCCAAAGAUAAAUGGGAUAGGCUCCAGCACACCCAUGACCCGAGUGAGGACAAGCGGAACGGAACAUAAAUCAAUGUAUGAUUAUAACAGAUAGAAUGAAAACUCAAAAUUCACCAGAAAUGAGAGUAGCAUGCAACAAUCAAUCAAGAGACAAAUGUGAACAGUUUUUGAAGUAAAAAUUAAGUAGGAAUCUGUACUUUUAAGUAUUUUAAGAAAUAUUGAAGGUAUCGGAGAGUUGAAAUGAACCUUUCUCCCAUAUUCUGGUUUAUCGAGCUGCUCCUUUAAAGACGGGCGCUACGUUAAGGAAUCAAAAAGUUGUGAAGGUUUUGACUGCUUUUUUUUUUUGAUUUCUUGAAUCAGACACCGAUAGUUGCAGCUUUCACACUUUUGCAUCUUAAAAUGUUUACUGAUGACGUGUUGAAAGUAUCUUAUGCAACACCCACUUUGUCCUGAGAUGCCAUCAAGCGCACAAAGGGAGCAGUGGGGAUCCGAUGCUUUUGUUUUCAGUUGAUCAUUUAUAACUGGGUGCCGCUUACAAAUUCAUGAUGUCGCAUUUAUGCUUUAAAGCCAAAGGCACAAAAGUCUCUAUAAGAUAUUGAUAAGCAAUAUCACCAAAUGAACGUGUUAUCUUCUGUCAGAUGGUUGCUGGAGGCAUGAGAGACUGAUGGAUGGAUUCUGGCAGUUAGCUGAGACGUCCUGGCGUGGACCUUUGGGUGCUGUAUGACUCAUCGAAACAAUCAAAUGUUGUAAACAUUUAGGCCUGCUGAUUUUGUACAAGCACACAGCUUCUGUAGUCGAGGGUGUAGACCCGGGGUAGGCUCCAGCUCACCCAGACCUGAACGAGGACCAUCGCUCUUGAAAAAGAGUUUGUGCCUACAGCGGUGUCCUGGCUUGUCUGCCGAUACCGACAGCAGUCCUGAUCAUUUUUAACGUGAAAUGAUUUCUGAAAUGGACUACGCCUCGCCAUCUAAAGCAUUUAUAAGAAAUUUCGAUACAGUUUGAGAUUUUGAACAGAAUGUGAUGUUAAGAUCAUCAAAUAUGUAAAUACCAGACAAGAAAAGUGUUGUUUUUAAAUGAUUUAAUGUAUUCAGGGGGGGUGGCACAGUAUAUCAGCUGGAAAGGAUUGGCCUCACAGUUCUGAGGUCCCGGAUUCGAUCCCAGCCCUCCCUGUGUGGAGUUUGCGUGGGUUUUCCUCCCACAUCCCAAAAACAUGCAACAUUAAUGGGACACUCUAAAUUGCCCCGAGGUGUGAUUGUGAGUGCGGCUGUUUGUCUCCAUGUUCCCCGCGAUUGGCUGGCAACCAGUUCAGGGUGUAACUCGCCUCCUGCCCAUUGACAGCUGGGAUAGGCUCUCGCACUCCCGUGACCUUUGUGAGGAUAAGCGGGCCUCGGCGGGCACCAUGCUGGUGACCCGGCCCUCGAUGCGACAAGAUGGUGGCAAAGCACUACUUUUAUACGAACCCAUGCUAGGUGACCCAUGGGGAAAAAAGCCCCCCACUCCCUCGCUCUUCCCCUCUGGUUUAUUCCAGCGCAGAGCAGAGCGAGAUGCAGAGCGCGUCUGGCGUCAGGCGGGGCGCAGAAGUGCAUUUAUGGGACGCAGCUGUUGAGCGCCUGUCAGACGUUUUGCGAGGAGCUCCGCCGCUGCUCCCGUUUUCGGAGAAAAGAAGGCCAGCACGGUAGCAGAUGGUGGGCGAGCAGUACGAGAGCAGCACGGAGGGCGGCGGCGUGCCCGGACCCGUCCCCGAGCACGUAUACAAGGUUGGCAUCUAUGGCUGGCGGAAGCGCUGCCUCUACCUAUUUGUCCUGCUGCUCAUCAUCAUCCUGGUGGUCAACCUGGCCCUCACCAUCUGGAUCUUCAGGGUCAUGUGGUUCAACUCGGAGGGAAUGGGCCUCCUGCAAGUCCACUCCGACGGCGUGAAGUUGGAGGAGGGCGAAUCCGAGUUCCUGUUGCCCCUCUACGCUGAGGAGAUCCACUCCAGGGAGGACUCUCCGCUACUCGUACGCUCGGAUACGGAAAAAGUUUACCUCAAUGCCCGAGAUGAAAACGGUGACGUCACGGGAAGGAUGUCUGUGGGUCCAAAACAGGUCGAAGGAGACACUCCAAAGAUGUUCAUCAGCUCCUCCAACAACAUGCUGUUCUCGGCCGAUGACAAGCAGGCUGUGAUCGGACCAGACAAAUUGCGCAUCACAGGCCCCGAAGGAGCUCUGUUCCAACAUUCUGUGGAGGUUCCCCUGCUCAAGUCGGAGCUCUUGAAAGACCUGAGGUUGGAGUCUCCCACUCGUUCACUCACCCUGGACGCUCCAAAGGGAGUUCAUUUAAAAGCCUUGGCUGGAAACAUUGAAGCCGCCUCCAACAUGGACAUGAUCCUGCAGUCCAGCGUGGGACUGGUGAACGUCUAACCCAGUGUACUCAGCCGUUCUUAUACAUUAAGAGAUUGGCCAACUGUGCAGUCCCUCUCAGUCAUCAUCCUCAUCAUGUCCGAACCACGAUCAUCAAUCAGCCUAGAGAAGGACGGAAUAACUGACAGCGUAAUCAAUUUGUAUUAAGACGGCAUAACGGCACGACACUGGCUGUACUUACAGUACCUUUAUUUGUCCAAGAAACAAAAUCAUCAACACUGAUCUGACUUCUGUGGAUGAACACUCACAGUUGUAGUCAACUAAUAUGACACACACCACUUGUACAACACAUUAAGGUCUAAUAAAAAAAAAGAAAAAAACUUAAAAAUUCAGACUUCACAAAGAUAAUAACGGACUGUUUUCAUGACCGGAAUCAAGAACCUAGUAAUGUAACAACAUGACCCUUGUGAGGGUAAGCGGCUUGGAAAAAGGAUGGAUGUAAUAAAUGUUAAUAAAUGCGUUAUUAAUAUCCAGUAUGUUCUACUCAUAUUUCAAUAGCAUUGCAAUAUACAGAGGCUAGGGUGUACCUAAUGAUGUGGUCAGUGAGUGUAAAAUUCUUGCGUAAAGUGCAGGGUCGUGACCUUGCGGUGUGUAGUAUUAGUAGUAUGUAGGAGUGGCCCGCAGCUAAUUUUUCCGUAUGAGAUCAUGGGAGGGGGGGUGUAGACCACUGGCCACCACCUGCCACUUUCACUCAACUGGGACUCCAAACGGGAGGUCAGCUCCCAGUCAUGGUCAAGAAACAUGCUAAGACAACCAAAACCCACCUCAGAUAUGUUACUGACAUGUAUGAAGUAAAAUACAUUUUCAAAGCAAUUGUUUUGUUGUACACUACUGACAAAUGGCAUACACUUUAUGUGAUUAUUUCUGCACAGUCAAUAGUGUAAAUGAGUAUCUUGAACUUUAUCCUGUAGUUCCAGAGUCAAACACUUUAAGUGGGAUUUUUUUCUGCUGCUGGCGUUUAUCUUCAAUUACAGGAAGAGAGAUCAGCUCUCCAUUUCUUAGGAGUCUCUUCCAGUACAAUGUGACAAAACCACAGCGCAGUACUCAAAAUAAACCGGUCAUAUGACGUUUUCCAAGAGGAGAAAAACAAAGACAAACAAACUACGGUUCCAUUUUCCAAGCCCAUUAUCCUCACAAGGGUCGCGGGAGGCAUGGAGGCUAUCCUGGCUAACUGAGGUAUGCAUACCGAACGGGAGAAAAGGAGGGUAUUAUAUUGGCUUUCUUUGAAUUGAGCAAAAGAAAAUAUGUUCUAAAUGUUCAUCAUGAGCUACUUAAAAAUAAUAAUAAAAAGGGAUCUUGCACUGAC